UUAUAUUCCAUUGAUAUUUCGCAAUUGGGACAGGUUGAAACUUAAGUUGAAUAUAGUAUCCGGAAUUUAAAAAUGAAGCGAAGUACUGCACUGCCUGUCCUUCCGGGUUUCAAUUUUGACACCAGAAUCGGCCAAACAAAAUUCCACAAGCCUCAACACUUUGGUAAAAUCCACACAGGCGUUUAUUACCUCUCCGAGAGAGUAAAAUGUGGCAUCGGUGGCCAGCCUUUGCAUUUCACUGAGCAAGACCGUUAUCCCUCUCUGUACCCGAGAGGCGAGGUGCAAGUUUUGCCACCAUGGCUUGCUUUCGAUAAUCAGCGAUUGAUGUUCAAGGCUUAUUUCCAAGAAACUGUUCAAGAGAGGUGGCAGUCCUCUUUUCAAAUCAGGGUUGUUAUAAUCAGUUUCUUUCUUGAAGAUGGGACGAUAAAAAUAUCUGAACCGGCUGUUGACAACAGCGGCUUAGAACAAGGUGUUUUGGUCAGACGGCAGCGAAUACCGAUGCCUGAUCCAGUCAAAUAUCGAUACUACGAUAUCAUAGAUCUCAACAUAGGUAAAGAACCAGAGUUUUUUGCUCGUGUUUACAAAAUUGUUGACUGUGACAAGUUCACUAGGAGAUUCUUAAAUCGAUGCGGCAUUCCUGUUCCUGAUCCUAUCGAUAUACCGUCUGAUCCAUACAACGAGCGACGGAAAGUUGAAAUAUUCCCGAAGAAGCCGAAUCGCAAGAUAGAUACUCUGGCCAAGUUUCUAUCCAACGAUAGAAAAGUUUUGCGGUUUUAUGGAUACUGGGACGACAGAGAAACGACUUAUGGUGUUAUCCAUGAUUUGGAACUGCAUUUCUAUCUUGCUGACGACACCAUUGAGGUCAAAGAAAACGUGCCACCUAAUUCUGGCCGGGACACAGGAUUUAUGUUCAUAAAAAGGAUGAAGCUACCUAAGUCCUUUUCUAGAAUCGAUCCCCCUGGUGCUGGAGACCCGCUUACAGUGCUCAACGUUAUUGGUGAGAAUACUGCGUCUAGCUGGUACAUUGUCGACUCGUUGGACACCGGAAGGAACGGCAGAGAAUUCUACACUGAUAAGGAUCUGAUGAUUGGUUCCCAGAUGAAUGUUUUUGGUAGAAAAGUUGUUUUAACGGACAUGGAUCCCUACACCAAAGAGUAUUACAGAUUAAAGUAUGGUAUAGAAGAUUUCACGCCACUAGAGAGACCGGAUGCGAAAAAAGACUCCGAGUGCAAGAGUGUUGAGAAGUACAUUCCACCCUACAACGGUUUUGGGAGCUACGAAGACUCCCUUGGGAAUUGUUUCAGCUUGGAGCCAAAACCGCCGAGAAUAGACUCCGUUAAAUUCUUCGAUUAUGACAAAUGUGGUUUCGAGAGCCACGUACUUCGCUUCAGAGCAAAGCUAGUCUCAAACAUACCUGAAAAUAACGACAGGCAUUUUAUAAUACGAGUAUUUUUAACCGAUGAUACGAUAUCGAUUUUUGAAUUGGCUGUUCGAAACUCAGGAUUCAAGCGAUGUCUGUUUCAAAAGAGAAUGCAAGUAAUGAUGCCUGGGCAAGAUAUUUACACCAACAAAAAGCCGAAGUAUUACGAACCCCAUCACUUCUACAUUGGGGCCAGAGUUUCUCUGUGUGAUUUUCAUUUCCAAAUUACGUCUGCUGAUAUUUACGCGCUUCGAUACAUGGAACUCCAUUGUAAUCAGUUUUCUAAAGCAAACAUCAAACUGAUUAUGGAAAAAUUGCGCAAAGCUUUAAAGCCGGUGUAUAAACAGUUUCUCAACGAAGUUAGUCCUGAGCCUGCAGAUCGUGACCCUGAUAUUAUUCAGUACAAGCAUUUGAGAGAAGCUCUAUGUAAGUACUUGGGAGACAAAAUAACAGAGCACGAGAUGAUCACAGUCGCACGGCAUUUUUCAUCUCACGAAAAGAAGGAACGCCACAGUCGAGAAUACAUUAGGUCUCUGGUGCACGGGGAAUUAAAUCGACAGCUUUGGUCGGAGUUGGAUAGACUUGAAGAGGAUUUGCAUCACGUGGACAGAGCCAGAACUGGCUACUUACCCAGAAAUGAGCUCUACACGAUUAUACGUGGCUGUCGUCUUCCUUUGGACGUCGAAUUGAUCAAUUCCAUGUUGGAUCAUCUUUGCAAAAAUGAGGAGGGAAAAGUCGAUUAUAACGAUCUACUGCAGUUCAUCAACGUGAAACUUAACCCGGUCGUUCCCACGCCUCCCAUUAAUAUUAAGUCCGAUUUGUGGUGGGCAUCGGAAAAAGAGCCGGACUGCGGUGCUGGUAUCGAUUGGUGCCAAUUUCGGAAAGAGUUGGGCAUCCAGGAUGAAGAUCACGGAUGUGGAAGCGAGGUUUAGUCGUUAGGGGAAAAAACCAAGAAAGAAUCCCCCAGCUAGACGGAAUCUAACACUCAUACACGUAAAUCUCAAAAAAUAUUUUACAUACGAUCUCAUAUUUAAUAUGCGAGGAAAACAAAGACACUCGUAUAGUACAUAUCAUGUUAAUAAAUUUAUUGUACACACACCGAUGAUCACAUUACAUAAUAAAGAUAAAGAAUCCUGCGUGUUU